AUGUUACCUCUCCCGCCAUUGCGAUAGUGAAUUAAGCCGAUAUAUCCAGCCAUCGAUGAUUUCGACCAUCGUUGAAAAUCAACAAAAGAAAAUGCAACAAAGUAGGCGGAUCAGAUCAAGAUAAAGCAUCGUAUGCAAUGGAACUUCAUUUUGAACAUCCUCUAAACGCGCACAUCAAGCAGCUAAUGAACUUCUUCACGGCUGUAGAGGAUAAGGAUGCUUAUAUUUCUCCGGUACUGUUCAAACGAUGCGGCGUGCUCAUUCGCUUUCACAUCGAGGACGUGUCCGAUCGUGGAGACCUUAGCAUCGCUAACAUCAGCAAGUAUUGGGAAGCCUACUGUCAGAAUCACGGUCGGAAGAUGCGCCUGAGCACGAUAACGGACAAGAAGAAUGGCCUAGUGUUGCCCGAUGAAGAGUCAAUGCAGGGUCUGAUCGAGUAUUCCAAAGACUGGGUGUUCCCCCUUCAGGAGAUCACGCCCCUCUACAAGGAUCGUUGCACGUUUAGUUUCCAGCGUCGUCCGAUUAUUUCUUACGUGCUGAGCACGGUGCUGAAGCAGGGCGCUCGCUAUGGCCACCACUUGAAGUCGGAAAAAGCCCCCACCUUGUGCCUCGAUCAGAGCCCGAGCUCGCACUAUACUCUCGACGAUGGGACCGAGCAGCUAGCUCACUAUCGUCUCCGUCAGCUAAGAGGGAUUACUCGUCGCCUAAUGGCCUACUCCACCUGGCGCCUGGUGGAUCCAGAUCAGCAAUCUGAUGACACACUCCGUGUGAUCGUGGAGACACAACGCUGCCCCACCCAGCCUACAGAUCACGUAUGUCUGGUCUGUGGACCCGUACUGGAGCCCGUCGACAAGGCAGCUACCAAAAUGGACAGAGAUAGCUACGUUGCGCUGCGCUCCAAGGACAUGAUACUCAUGGCCAUGCAUCGUAAUGGCGUCCGCCUGGGAAGUUCGCGCGGCGACUUUGAUUCCCUUAUCCAGCGCUUGGGCGCUGCUGCCGUGCUUGUGGAUUUGUUUGAGGUGCGUCACGCCUCGGCGGCUACUGUGGUGCGCAAUGGAUCGGGCAGCUCCAAGGGGGCUUCGUACAUACUGUACAAUUCGGCCCGCUUGGAGACGCUGCUGCGUACCUUCAAUACCCAGGUGGAGGCUGGGAUCUACCAGCCACUGCCUCCGCUGGCCGACAUCGAUCUCAGUCUAUUGGAGGACGAUCAGCUCGACUGGAAACUGAUAUAUGGCCACCUCCUGCCCUUCCCAGAGGUGGUCGAGUCCACGAUGAAUCUGCUGCACCAGGGCCAGUGUGACGUGCACCUGUUGGUGCGCUACAUCAACAGCCUGGCCGUGCUCUUCAGCCGCUACUACCGCCAGAAGAGGAUCCUCGUGCAGAUGCGGGACCAUCUGAUGCCAGUCCUCUAUGCCCGUGUCUACCUUGUCAUGGCGGUUCGUCAAGUGCUCAAUGUGGCCCUCUCACUGCUCGGCAUAGAGCCCGUGUCUUAUAUAUAGAUAUACAAUCUAAGUAGUAGUUAUUUAUACACAUGCUCACUGACAAAAUGACCAGUCGCUGCGACAGCUCGCCACUGACCAUUGACCCCAUUGGCUCAUGUAUUGAUAUAAAACUCUUCUGUGGUAUAUGCA